UUUUUCACAUCCGGGAAUGACGUACAACAACGGAGGCGGAAGUGGUGCAGUGCCGACUGUAAACACAGCUGUAAGAGCUGUGUUGUUACUUUCGUAAACAUGGUGUACGUGUCCAACGGUCAGGUCCUGGACAGCAGGACCCAGUCACCAUGGCGACUGUCCUUUCUGGUCGAUUUCUUCUGGGGAGCAGUGGAGUUUAUCGGCCUGUAUUUUAAGACAUUGAUCAACCCCGACAUGACAAAAGAUGGGAGCUGUGCUUCGUCACGCUUCAGUGAUGGCAGAGGUCCUCCAGGUCCCCCUGGUGGCAGAAGACGAAUUGGAAGAAUAAACCACGGUGGAGGUCCCGGUGCUCCACCAAUGGGUGGAGGAGGAUGAGGAAGGUGA